UCUUCACUUCUCUCUCUCUCUCUCUCUCUCUCUCUCUCAUACUUUCUCCUAGACAGAUACCAAUCAAUGACCAUGUCUCAUUUCAAACAAGCAACUGCAUAAUCGUGUAUCAAAAUUAAUCAUGAACUUAAUGGUGGUGGUGAUGGUGGCGCUGGUGGUGGUGUCGUCACACGUGUUGGGGCAAGAAAAUGCUGCAGAUGCUCUCCUCAAAUUCAAAACUGCCCUAGUGAAGGCAGAUCCGGCGCUGGGGAACUGGAACCCAUCGACGGCGCCGUGCACGGGGAACACUGGCAACUGGGCGGGCGUGUUGUGCUUCAACGGGUACGUGGUGGGGUUGCAGCUCGACAACAUGGGCCUGCAAGGACAGAUCGACGUCGACACCCUCACGGGCCUGCAGUUUCUACGCACGUUGAGCUUCACCAACAACGACUUCCAAGGGCCCAUGCCUGACUGGCGGAAGCUCCCCACACUCACCUCCUUGUAUCUCUCCGGCAACCAGUUCUCUGGCCAGAUCCCCGACGAUGCUUUUAAUGGCAUGGACUCGUUAAAGAAGGUGUAUCUAUCUGACAACAAAUUCACUGGUCCUAUCCCAGCUUCAUUGGCGUCACCUAGGAUGGUGGAGCUCGGCCUUGCCAACAACCAGUUCUCCGGUGGCAUACCACAUUUUAGCUCCGAGAAUCUUCAGGUCUUCAACGUGUCCAACAACCAGCUGCAGGGUCCCAUUCCCCCGUCUAUGCUCAAGUUGGAUCCCUCAUCUUUUACAGGUAACACAGCGUUAUGCGAGGGAGCAUCGUGCGAACCCCCACCAGACAUGGAGCCGAUUCUUCAUCCUCUCCCUCCUUCCCAAGCUAAACGCAAAAAAAUAUCUCCUGCAAUAAUAGCUAUAAUCGUACUCAGUGUCAUGUUGGCUUUGUUUCUGCUCCUAUUGCUUCUUCUGUUGUGUCGGUGGUGGUGCAUGGAUGAUGAUGAUGAUGAUGAUGAGAGUGAGACCCCGCGGCAGGGGAUGAUGAAAUCAGAGAUGAGGAGUCCACUGCCGCGAGGGGCAGUUUCCGUAUCCGUAGGCGCUUCCCCACAGCAGCAAGCAACGAAGUUGUCGUUUGUGAGGGACGACAGGCAGAAGUUCGACCUGCAGGACUUGAUGAGAGCCUCAGCAGAGAUGCUAGGCAGCGGGAGCUUCGGGGCAUCGUACAAGGCGGUGUUGGUGGACGGGGAGGCGCUGGUCGUCAAGAGAUUCAAACAGAUGACCAACAUUAGCAAGGAGGAUUUCCACGACCACAUGAGGAGACUAAGCAGGCUCAAACACCCCAAUUUGUUGCCCUUGGUAGCCUACCUCUACCGCAAAGAGGAAAAGCUUCUGGUUUUCGACUUCAUCACCAACAACAGCUUGGGAAAGCACCUCCACGAUGACGGGAAACGCCCCGAGGAGUGGCCCAAGCCCUUCAAUUGGCCGUGUCGACUCAAAGCUAUCAAAGGAGUGCUGAGGGGGCUGGCUUACCUCCACGCAGAGCUGCCUGCCCUAGACGCUCCCCACGGCCACUUGAAAUCCUCCAACGUCUUGCUCGAUAGCAACUACAACGCCCUGCUCAUGGACUACACCCUCAGCCCCAUCGUCAACCCCACCCAGAUCAGCCAAGCGCUGGUGGCCUACAAAUGCCCCGAGUACGCCCUCACCGGUCAGACUUCCAGGAAAUCUGAUGUAUGGUGCUUGGGGAUAUUGAUACUGGAGACCCUGACGGGCAAGCCCGUGGACAAGCAACUCGGCCAGCAGUACGGUCCGAAGUUGGCCGGGUGGGUGAAAGGCAUCGUUGAGGAAGCAAACGCUAAAGGGGCGGUAGGGGUGUUCGACAAAGAUAUGGAGAUAAGCGUCGAGGCGGAGGUGGAGAUGGAGAAGCUUUUGCAAAUUGGAAUAGGGUGCUGCCAAGAGGAGCUAGACAAGAGGUUAGGUUUGGAUGAGGCUCUUAGAAAGAUUGAGCAGCUACACGAGUAAUCCGUGUGCAUUAAGCGUUUGAAAGUUCAAUUGUUUUGUGUUUAAUUAGAAACAAUUAAGUAAUAUAAACAUUGCUUAUGGAUGACAAAAAUUGUAAUCAAUACUUCAUUUGCUCUAGCUUAUGCCACCACAUCACCAAGCUCUCAUCUCAUAAACCUCGGUUUGGGAUGGCGUAGAAAAAAACCGACAUAC